AGAGUGCAGGAGACAGGCAGAGAGGGCCAGGCUCGGAGACUGUGUGUGCAGGGUGGGAUCCACUGCUGCUGCUGCACUGGGAGAGGAGCCUCCAGCUGUCUGAAGGUGUGAGGUAUAAAUACCCCACCAGGGGAGGGGUCUCCUCACAAUAAACUUGGACACAGAAGAUAGAGGAUGAAGGGGAUGGCUCUGCAAGGAUAUAACCUUCUGCAUUGGUGAUUGGACUUAUCUUUGAGGCCUUCAGAGGAGCAGGAGAUCUAGACUAGAAAUUGAGGUGGACACAUCUUGGAUCAAGGGGCUUAGAGAACAUCUUUAGGAAUUUGGAACCAUCUUGAAGGAUGUACCAAAGUCUUGCAAUGGGUGCUAAUCAUGGACCCCCAUCAUAUGAAGGGGCUGGGGGCUUCAUGCACAGUGCUGCUGCUACCUCUCCUGUCUAUGUCCCAACCACCAGGGUGUCCUCCAUGAUCCCCAGCCUUCCUUAUCUCCAAUCUAGUGGUCACGCUCAGCAAGGGAGUCCAGUGUCAGGCCAUAACAUGUGGGCACAGGCAGGUGCAGAGAGCUCAGCUUACAACCCUACCACCCCUCACCAGCCUGUGUCACCUCGCUUUGCCUUCUCUUCCAGUCCCCCUAUCACUGCAGCCUCUUCCAGAGAAGUCUCCUACAGCAGCCCCCUGGCCAUCACCAGCAAUGGAAGAGAGCAAUAUGGCCGAGGUCUCAGUGCCACCUACUCUAGCCCCUACCCUGCCUAUGUCACCCAGGACAUGGGUGCUGCCUGGACUACUUCUCCAUUCGACAGCUCCAUGCUGCACAACCUGCAGAACAGGGGGGGACCCGGAACCCCAAGACACCCCAACAUAGAAUUUUUCGAUGAUUUCUCAGAAGGCCGAGAAUGUGUCAACUGUGGAGCAAUGUCUACCCCUCUUUGGAGGAGGGAUGGUACAGGCCACUACCUAUGCAAUGCAUGUGGGCUGUAUCAUAAGAUGAAUGGUAUCAACCGCCCGCUGAUCAAGCCCCAACGAAGGCUGUCCGCUUCCCGCCGUGUUGGCCUCUCCUGUGCCAACUGCCAUACAACCACUACAACCUUGUGGCGUCGAAAUGCAGAGGGAGAGCCUGUAUGUAACGCCUGUGGACUAUAUAUGAAGUUGCAUGGUGUUCCUAGACCUCUAGCAAUGAAGAAGGAGGGCAUCCAGACAAGGAAACGAAAACCAAAGAAUCUGAGCAAGUCUAAAACUCCAGCAGGACCAAACGGCACUGAGAACCCCACUCCAUCUACUACCACUACAGAAGACAUGCGCCCUAUAAAAAUUGAACCCGGACUGUCGCCUCCUUAUGGACAUUCAGCAAUAUCUCAGGCAUCAGCUUUAUCCACUAUCACAAGUCAUGCGUCAUCUAUUCAUUCGAUGAUGGGUCUCAAGCUAUCUCCUCAAUCCUAUCACUCUUCAGUCAACACAUCUCCUCAAGCCAGCUCCAAAAAUGACUCCUGGAAUAGCUUGGUCUUAGCUUAAUUCAACUCUCCCUCUGGCCUUCUGCACCUCCAGUCAUGACUUGAACAUUCGGUUUAUCAUCCAAAGGAUUUGGUCAUUGUACAUCAUAAUAAAAACUGCCAGAGGAGAUGUCGCUGAAAAAUAAAAAAGUUAAAAAUUCUGGGCUCUCUCGAGAGAGAGUGAGAGAGUUUCAGCUACUUUAGAAUUGAAAGGAACUUCUAGCAAAGUAAUUUAAUGUUUAUUCUUAUAGCAAAAGACUUUUAUACAUUGGACGGUAUUUAAUGUGAAUGGACAGAAAAGCUGCUGGCGAAAAAUCAAUGUUUCUCCGUACCAAAAUCAUGCUUGCCAGAAACCGUUUAGAAAAACGACAGCAAAUUUUGAAGGGGAUGGGGGGGGGGGGGGGACAUUGUACAUUAAGGAGCAACACUGGAAGUGUCUGGAAAUCUUUCAGCUUCAUUUGCAUCUAUCGUUAUGGUUGUGGAAAUCAGUGCUUAUGAAAUUCUAAAUAAGAAAAGGACAUUUUGUUCUUCACCAAGAAGGGGGUGCUCCCAAACGCUACCACUGCUGUAAGCCUUUUUUUUAAACCAGUUCCGAGGUAAAUCGGUUACUUGUUCUUACGUUCAUCCAAGCAAAUGGCAGAAUUGGUUCCAUUUUAGUCUCUCCCGUUCCAGUGGGUUCUUAAGUAGUUAUGGUGCACGUCUUAUAAACAUGAAAAUUUGCGCAAAUUUAAGAACUUUGUAAUAAAUCCAUAAGUGUUGUGUUUCCUGAUCCAUGCAGGAAGCCACCAAUUACCCUGUAAAAAUCAGAUCCACACAGUGAAGUUUGGAAAAAAAGUGUUAUUUAAGCUUCGUCAAUCUGUAGUUUUGUAAAAUGCUGAGUAAAAUGAAGCUAGAAUUAUAUUCUGCAGUUUAUUUAAAUAUGACUUUUGCAUACAUUUUAUCACAUCGACUGUUAUGAUGCCCUGUUUUGAGGGUAGUGACUUGCUCAUUCGACGAUCAUCCCAGUCAUAAUCUGAGCAAAUAACCACACUCCAUUCAGGUUGGAAAAAAUGGAUGGAAUUGCUUGCAGCUUGUAUAUUAAGUGGUGGGAAUAACUUUUUGGAAGAAAAGAUCAAUUUCUCAUAGAAUUUUGCUUAGUCCACACCAAGGUGGCUGCCUCUAAUUCUUGUGGAUAUCAGAUACGGAACAUGUUUGGUUCCUUUGUACACUUGAUGGCUUGUCUUUUUACAAAGAGAAACAGUCACAAUAGACUCUGUCGUAUGGGAAAGUUCAUGGCCAGUGUCAGUACCAGGUACAUCUAGCCAACUGCAAGGAUGCAAUGGAUUUGAGGGACCCACGGUAAUGUAAAUAGAUGGGAAGACAGAGGGCAAUGAGUUUUUCUGUUAGAGAGUUUGACACUUUUGAAGACAGAAUGGACAUAAGACUUCUUUAUCUUUGGGUGUUUUCUACUUAAAUUACAGCAAUCUGACCAUUCUUUCAGAAGUCAACAUGAUCAACCACUUGUGAUGCCAAUGGCAGAUAGUUUUAGCCAAAAUGUGAUCUCUCAGGUUGAAUUUUACUAGUUUAUUGCUCCUAGU